AUGACUACCCAAGCACCCAAGCCCAGGCCUUCCGUCGGCGUCUCGGUCGCUGUUGUCAACCCCAAGGGCCAGGUGCUGUUCAGCAAGCGCAAGGGUAGCCACGGCGCCGGAACGUGGCAGUUCCCAGGCGGACACCUGGAGCAUGGCAAGACGCCGCUGGAAUGCGCCGAGGACGAGGUCCAAGAGGAAACAGGCCUCCUUGUCACGGGCGUCAAGAUUGUGACGCUGACCAACGACAUCUUUGAGGCCGAGGGCAAGCACUACGUUACACUUUUUGCCAAGUGUACGAUGAACGACCCAGACGCCAUCCCCGAGCACAAGGAAAAAGACAAGUGCGAGGGGUGGGAGUGGUGGAGUUGGGAAAAGUUCUUCUCGGGCAAGGAGACGGGCGUGGCCGAGUCCAACGAGCUUUUCCUGCCGCUGAAGAAUCUUUUGAAGGAAUUCAGUAGUGUCGAUGAGCUGAAGGCGGCAUUUCACUAG